UCCACUUCUUCCAUUCUUCUCGUGAACAAUUAAAUAGGAAGCAGCAAAAAUUACUACAAACAAUUGGCCAUUAUUGCUGCCAUACGACAUGUCGUCGACGCGUGCUUCCGACCAUUACCUCCAUUAUUCUUUCGGUCUCUUUUGCCUGAUCCUCUCCCUAGUAUGUAGUACUGUCCAAUCUGAGGAGCUUCAAAUUCUCACGAAACUAAAGUCCGCGCUUCAGAAAUCAAACACCAGAGUCUUCAAUUCGUGGGAAUCCUCCGUUUCCGUCUGCAAAUUCGCCGGAAUCACCUGCAACUCGGAGGGCUCCGUUACAGAAAUCGAGCUUUCGAACCAAAACUUGGCCGGAACUCUUCCUCUGGAUGCCAUAUGUCAGCUCCGAUCACUCGAAAAGCUCUCCUUGGGGUUCAACCUCUUGCACGGUCCGGUCACGAAAGACUUGAACAAUUGCGUAAAAUUGCAGUAUUUGGAUUUGGGAAACAAUGUCUUCACCGGUGGGGUUCCCGACAUAUCCUCUCUCACAGAAUUAAGGUAUCUCCAUCUGAACGGAAGCGGAUUCUCUGGAACUUUCCCGUGGAAAUCGCUCCAAAACAUGAAGGGUCUAAUCCGGCUUAGCCUCGGAGAUAAUCCUCUAAGUCCUAGUCCAUUACCAAGUGAGGUGGUGCAGUUAACCAAGCUGGAUUGGCUUUACCUCUCCAACUGCAACAUCCAAGGAGCAUUCCCAGCUGGGAUUGGAAAUCUCAGAGAGCUAAUCAACUUGGAGCUUGCCGACAAUAACAUGACCGGAGAGAUUCCGGAAGAGAUAGGGAACCUCGUCAACCUAUGGCAGCUCGAGCUCUACAACAACUCGUUUACCGGAAAACUUCCCGUCGCCCUGAGAAACCUCGCGAAGCUUGAGAAUUUUGAUGCUUCUAUGAACUAUCUCGAAGGUGGUCUGUCCGAAUUGAGGUUCUCGACCAACCUGGUGAGUCUGCAACUUUUCGAAAACAAACUUACAGGGCAAGUACCGCCGGAGUUCGGUGAAUUCAAGAAGCUGGUAAACCUUUCUCUGUACACCAACGGAUUGACCGGUCCUCUGCCUCAAAAGCUCGGGUCUUUUGCAAAAUUUAAUUUCAUCGACGUCUCCGAGAACCUCUUGACCGGUCCUAUCCCGCCAGACAUGUGCAAGCAAGGUGCCAUGAAAAUGCUUCUCAUGCUAGACAACAAAUUCACCGGUGAAAUCCCAGCCAACUACGCCAACUGUCCAACCCUCACUCGUUUCAGAGUGAGCAAGAAUUCGCUUUCGGGUACUGUUCCUACCGGAAUCUGGGGAUUGCCGAAGGUGAACAUAAUCGAUAUCGCGUCCAAUAAUUUCCGAGGCCCAGUCACGUCCGAUAUCAAGAACGCCAAGUCUCUAUGGCAGUUGUUCCUCGGAAACAAUAGCUUAUCGGGUGAGAUACCGGCCGAUAUCUCAGGAGCUACCUCACUUCAGUCCAUCCAGUUGAACAACAAUCAAUUCUCUGGUGAACUCCCAUCUUCUUUGGGGUCUCUAUCGAGUACUCUUAAGGUUCUUGAUCUCUCACACAACCAACUUUCGGGUGAGAUUCCGAAGACUUUUACGUCUCUCCGACUAACCCAACUCGACCUAUCUUACAAUAAGUUGACAGGCCCCGUGCCGGAAUCUCUAUCUAAGGGGAGCUUCACUGGGAACCCAGGCCUCUGCAGCGUUGGAAAAGGUUCUGUGUUGCCACCCUGUCCCCACAAGUAGGGGAAGAGGGAAAAUAUAGGAAGUUUCUGACCCCUCGUUAUUUAUACGUAGGAUUUCGAGGGCUAGGAGAAAUAAACGCACCACGCAGAAUGGGUGUUAGAAACUUAGAAUAUUUAUUAAUAAAAACUGAUUUUUUGAAAAAAAAGUUGAUAAAUUUAGGAUUUAUGUAAAAAAAAAUUUUUUUUUUUUAACGAUAGGGCUAUUGUUUCUAGAAGG